GCGCGAUGGGCACCGUCGGAGGCAGGGCGGCUUCUGCUCUGACACCUGCAGCAUGUGCCAGGAGCUGCAGCCGCAGCGGCAGCCUGCGCGCGGUGCAGCCUCGCGGCUCGCAGUGGGAAGCGGCGGCAGCAGCUCCCUCUCUCUGUCUCUCUCCUGCUUUGCACUCUAUUUCAGUGGGUGCAUGGUGACCUUACAGAGUGUGCAUUACCUCACAGGUAAAUAUCAGCUGAUCCGCUGUGACAGCAGCAGCAGCAGCAGCAGCAGGAGCAGGAGCAAGAGCAAGCAUCAGCCCACAGAGCCUUUCUGGAGAAUGAUUGAAGAUUGCGGGAAAAGAGGAAAUACCAUGGCAGAAAGAAGGCAGCUGUUUGCCGAAAUGCGGGCUCAAGAUCUGGAUCGCAUCCGUUUAUCCACCUACAGAACAGCAUGCAAGCUUAGAUUUGUACAGAAGAAAUGCAACUUACAUCUGGUGGACAUUUGGAACGUUAUAGAAGCAUUGCGAGAAAAUGCAUUAAACAACUUGGACCCAAACAUAGAAUUGAAUGUGGCUCGUCUGGAAGCUGUGCUUUCAACUAUUUUUUAUCAGCUCAACAAACGGAUGCCAACUACUCAUCAGAUCAAUGUAGAGCAAUCCAUCAGCUUACUGCUCAACUUCCUGCUAGCAGCUUUCGAUCCGGAAGGACAUGGUAAAAUUUCAGUUUUUGCUGUCAAAAUGGCUUUGGCAACUCUUUGUGGAGGAAAGAUCAUGGACAAAUUAAGAUAUAUUUUCUCAAUGAUUUCAGACUCUGGUGGAGUGAUGGUUUAUGGAAGGUAUGAUAUGUUUCUGCGGGAGGUUCUCAAACUUCCCACUGCAGUUUUCGAAGGUCCUUCAUUUGGUUACACGGAGCAAUCGGCAAAAUCCUGUUUCUCUCAACAGAAAAAAGUCACAUUAAAUGCUUUCUUGGAUACUCUCAUGUCUGACCCCCCGCCACAGUGUCUGGUCUGGUUACCACUCCUGCAUCGAUUGGCAAAUGUUGAAAAUGUCUUCCACCCUGUUGAGUGUUCCUACUGCCACAGUGAGAGCAUGAUGGGAUUUCGCUAUCGGUGCCAGCAGUGUCACAAUUACCAGCUCUGUCAGGACUGCUUCUGGAGGGGACAUGCUAGUGGUUCCCAUAGCAACCAGCACCAAAUGAAGGAAUACACAUCCUGGAAAUCACCUGCUAAGAAGCUAACUAAUGCACUUAGCAAGUCUUUAAGCUGUGCUUCCAGCCGUGAACCUUUGCACCCAAUGUUCCCUGACCAGCCUGAAAAACCUCUAAACCUGGCUCAUAUUGUAGAUACCUGGCCUCCCAGACCUGUAACCAGCAUGAAUGAUACGCUAUUCUCCCACUCUGUUCCCUCAGGAAAUACUUUCACAAACAGAAGGUUACUUGAGAGUAUAAAUGUAGCCAGUCCUGUAGCUGAUGAGCAUUCUCUUAUAAAGCUGUAUGUAAAUCAGCUUCACAACAAUUCACGCUCUCCUUACAAGAAUAAUGAAGUAGAGCAGAACAAAUUGCUGGCUAGGGCUGCUCCAGCUUUCUUGAAAGGCAAAGGGUUACAGUACAGCCUCGAUGUUGCAGACAGGCUGGCCGAUGAACAUGUACUCAUUGGGUUGUAUGUCAACAUGCUCCAGAGCAACCCCUCACGCAUGCUUGACAGUGCAGGCCGUCUAGAUGAAGAGCACAGACUGAUCGCCAGGUAUGCAGCGAGGCUAGCAGCAGAGACUACUGCAUCUCAGGGUCAGCAGAGAGGUGCCUCGGAUAUCUCUUUCACCAUUGAUGCAAAUAAGCAACAAAGACAGCUGAUUGCAGAACUUGAAAACAAGAACCGAGAAAUCUUACAGGAGAUCCAGAGGCUGCGGCUUGAACAUGAGCAGGCAUCUCAGCCCACACCAGAGAAGGCACAACAGAACCCCACUCUCCUUGCAGAGCUCCGACUCCUGAGACAGCGGAAGGAUGAGCUCGAGCAGAGGAUGUCUGCUCUUCAGGAAAGUCGGAGAGAGCUAAUGGUACAGUUAGAAGGCCUCAUGAAACUACUGAAGGAAGAAGAACUGAAAAAGGGAACUCAAGGAGCAGGCUCCCCUCGAUCUUCACCCAGUCACACUAUCAGCCGACCUAUUCCUAUGCCGAUCAGGUCUGCCUCUGCCUGCUCCACCCCAACCCAUACACCUCAGGACUCUCUGACGGGCGUGGGAGGAGACGUGCAAGAAGCUUUUGCACAAAGCACAAGGCGAAAUUUAAGAAAUGACUUACUAGUGGCAGCAGAUUCUAUUACCAAUACCAUGUCUUCUCUGGUGAAAGAACUAAACUCAGAGAUGGGCAGCGAGACGGAGAGUAAUGUGGAUUCUGAGUUUGGACGGACUCAUUUUGAUGAUCUUGUUCCAUCACCGACUUCUGAAAAGGCUUUCCUUGCACAAAUCCAUGCCCGGAAGCCAGGAUAUAUUCACAGUGCAGCUGCCACUGGCACCAUUCGCAGUGACAUGGUUACAGAAGAUGGAGACCCCUAUGUUAGAGCAGAUGAUGAGAACUAUGAAAAUGACUCUGUCCGCCAGCUGGAAAAUGAGCUCAAGAUGGAGGAAUAUCUGAAACAAAAGCUGCAGGAUGAAGCCUACCAGCAGGCAAGCUGCAGUCAGACAGACAAUGAAAGCUAUGUGAGAAUUGAUGAUGAGGAGAGCUGCAUUCGAACUGAUGACGAAGAAAACCUGGCUGCAAGCUUCACAGAAGAAUGGAACCAACAAGUGCAGCAUCUCUUGACAAAAAAAUCAAAUGACUAAGUUCCGAGGACUGUAGCACAGUGCUUUUGUUGUAAGAGUUGUAGUAUGUAGGUGUGUGUUUUGAGAAAAAGACUUUUGUUUAAAGCUAACUUACAUUAGCUACAUCUUCUGUAACAUGGCUCAUUACUGAUGAAGAAAGCAGGCUGAAAUGUGUGCAGCUGUUACAAAUAAUAGCAGCAUCAACAAAACAUGUAAACCCUUUGCACACUAUGUUGAACCUAUUCAGUUUACAAUGACAAUAUUAAUACUGUUUAUAGAUUGCAAUUUGAUUUCUGAAUACUUGGAGAUUUUAGGAGAACAGUUUACUAUACACUGUACAUUUUUCUUUCACAGAAGAAAUAAAAGGCUACAAUUAUGCAUUUAACACUGAAUGAUGAUACUCCUGAGUGUAUAUAUUUAGUAGCCCAAAGCAAAGUAUCAGACUAUGUUUGCAAUUUGUUUAAAAGUCUUUUACAUAAAAGACUUGUACAAAAUGCACAAAAAACCCCCUCUAAUUUAGGGCUAACGUGUAACUUAGGAAUGUUUUCUUUCAAAGUAAUCUAACAAAUCAGCCAUAGAAGUUAGUGUAAAUAUUUUUUUCCAAAUAGAUAUCAUAUACAAAAGGCAACAUUCAAAUUAUAUAGAAUCUAGUUUUUAAAUCAGCACAGAUCUUCUUAAAACUGUGAACUAUGUUUUGAAAUACUCGUUACUAAAGCUGUUUAUAAACCACAGGUGCCAUAAGAUCCCUAAACUGACUGAAGUUAUGUAUAAUCUUCCAUGGUAUUGUUUCAUUGAUGUUUUAGCUUUAGUAAACAUGUGUUCAACAAA